AUGUAUUACUCAGCUUCCGCCAUUGCGCUAGUCGCUUUCGCCGCCAACGUUCACGCUCAUGGAGUCAUCCUUGCAGCUGUUGGAGACUCUGGCCAGAGUCAAGGUUUCUUGGUUGACCAGAACCUUGCUCGUAACUGCACAACAAUCUCGCCAUGCCAGCAGGACUCGACCAUCAUUCGCGACUCUGAGAUUACACAGAACAUCGUGAACUCCUGUGGACGAACAGAAAUUGCUGGCAACAUCGAUGUCGGCGAGCAGACUGAGAAUGAGCUGGCUGCCAACCGUGUGACCCAGGUCUCAGCUGGCACCGUGAUGACUGUUACCAUCCACCAGGUCAACGCUGACGGUGCCGGACCCUACGAGUGCGACCUGGACGAGACCAGCAACGCUGCCACAAAGUUCACUCCACUCAAGGUUGCCAACAAUGUUCCUGGUGCCAACGGACUCUCGCAAGCCAAGGAGCAAGACUUCACGAUCAAUGUUGCUAUGCCUGACAACUUUAAUUGCAUCGGUGCAUCGACCGGUAACAUCUGCACUGUACGAUGCCGCAACACCGCUGUAGCGGGCCCCUUUGGAGGCUGCUUCGCUGUUCAGCAGACCGAUAGCCAAGGUCGCACCGACACAACCGCUGCUGGUGUCGAUACAGCACAAACGCUACAAGGCAUCUCGAACCAGAUCCUGCAGAACCAGCAGGAUCUUCCUGUUGCCAUCGCAGCUAAUCAAGCCGCUGGCGCUGCAGGUGGCAAUGAGGGUGCAAGUGCCAUUUCUGCUGCGCCCGCAGUAGCUACUCAGACCGCAGCAGCAGGCAAUGGCAACAACCAGAACCAGAACGCAAACAAUAACAACAACCAAAAUCAAAAUGCAGGCGGAAACAAUCAAAACGCGAACAACAACAAUGGAAACAACCAAAAUGCAGGCGGCAAUGCGAACGGCAACAACCAAAACGCAGGAAACGCGAACCAGAACACAGCUAAUGGAAACGGCAAUGCCAAUGGCAACAAUGCUAAUGGUAACGGAAACGGAAAUGGACAAGGAGGACGCGGAGGCGGCCGUGGUAACAACAACAACAACAACAACAACAACAACAACAACAACAACAAGCGGUCCAACACGAAGUUCCUCUCUAGGUUUCUGCUAUGA